AUGGGGCUGACGGGGUGCCUGGUGGCUGCCUUCCUCCUCCUCCUGGGUUUGAGCACUGGCCAACGGGUGGUGACUGUUCAGAAGGGACCCCUCUACCGUGUGAGGGGGUCCCACGUCACGCUGUGGUGCAAGGUGAGCGGCUACCAAGGCCCGGCGGAGCAGAACUUCCAGUGGUCCAUCUACCUGCCCUCGGCCCCCGAGCGGGAGGUGCAGAUCGUCAGCACCGUCGACCCCUCUUUCCCCUACGCCAUCUACACCCAGCGUGUGCGCAGCCGGGGGAUCUACGUGGAGCGGGUGCAGGGGGAUGCCGUCCUGCUGCACAUCACCGAGCUGCAGGACCGGGACGCUGGGGAGUACGAGUGCCACACGCCCAACACCGACGAGAGGUACUUUGGGAGUUACAGCGCCAAGACAAACCUCUCAGUGAUCGCAGACACCCUCUUGGCUUCCAUGGUGCCCCAGGUCCUCACCCGCACCGAAGGAGACGCGGUGGAGCUCACCUGCGAGGUGUCCAAGUCCACUGCCCAGCACACACAUCUCUCUGUUGGCUGGUACCAUCUUCAGGGAGCAGAAGAGCGCCGUGCCGAGGAGGUCCUCACCCUCUCCAAGGACUUCGUCUUGAGGCCAGGGCCCUCUUACAUGCAGAGGUUUCUGGCGGGGGACGUGUGGCUGAACAAGGUUGGGAACACCACGUACAAGCUCUCCAUCGGGGGAGCAGAGCCAUCCGACCGGGGGCAGCUGUACUGCGAGGCGGCUGAGUGGAUUGAGGAUCCUGAUGAGACAUGGAAGGAUAUCUCCCGCAAGCAAACAGGGAGGACGUCGCUGGUCGUCAUGAGCCAGGGCAGAGACCUCUCCGUGGACAUCGCUGCUGCUGGAAGCUCCCUUUCUGAAGGUGAUACCUUGCAGCUAAAUUGCAUGGUGGGAGCCCAGAAGAGCAGCAGCAGACACUUCCAGGUGCUUUGGCUCCUCAACGGCAUGGAAGUGGCCAGGGUUGACCCCUAUGGGGUAUUGAUUUGGGAGGAAGAAUAUGAGGAGAGAGCCAAGCUGGGGCAGCUCCGAGCAUUCAAGCAAAGCAACACAGUUUAUGUCCUCACCAUCUAUGAGGUGGGGCUGAAGGACAACGGUACAUACUACUGCUCUGUUUCGGAGGUGAAGACUCCUGGAGACUUUCACAGCAUCCAAACCAAUCUGUCAUCAGGCAUCCAAGUUGACGUGAAGCCAAUAGAGAGCCGCAUGCGCCUGUCCGUGUCCACCAGCACACCGCAGGUCGUGGCGGGAGAUGCCUUGACCCUCCUUUGCGAGGUGCAAGGAGCCGCCAGCCCUGUGUCCGUGCAGUGGUGGCACCUGCCACCGCAGCACCCGGGUCCCCGGGUGCUGGUGGCCACCAUGGAGCGGGACGGCACCCUGAGCCUGGGCAGCGCCUACCGGGACGGCGGGACUCGGGGAAGCCUCCGGCUGGAGAAGGCGAGCUCCGGCGCUUUCACCCUGGUGAUCCCCAACACAUUGGAUGAGGGCGACGGCGGGCGGUACGGGUGCAAAGCGACGGAGUGGUCCCGAGGCCAGAGCUGGACAGAGGAGGAGGAGACAGCAGUGACAGUCAGCUCCAUGGGUCUCGGUCUACACGCCACGCUGAGAAGCCGAAUUGCCACCGUCAGAUACGGGCAGAGUUUUGAACUCAUCUGCCAAGUGAGCGCCAGCUACACCCUCGAGGAGGUGCCAGUGUCGGUGGGGUGGCUCUUCCAGCCCAGCCCACCCACCGGCCACUACCAUGAGCUGGUUCGGGUCUUUCCCAGUGGCACCAUGGCCUGGGGGGCAGCACAGCCACACUUCCAGGGGAAAGCCCAGCUGACGAAGGCUGCCACCUCCUUCAGGCUGCACAUCCGCAAUGCUGUGGCUGCUGAUGAGGGGACAUACCAGUGUGAGGUCGAGGUCUGGAGGAGGAACACCCUGCCGCUGGGGCAGCCGGCGGCCACUGCCAAGUCCAACGCUGUGGGGAUAAAGGUGGUGCUGCCAGAAAGCAAGCUUCAGGUAGCUACGAAAGAGAGCUCUGUGGAGAUUGCCGGCGGUGCUGACACAGCCAUUGAGUGCAGGAUCGUGUUUGCCCAGAAUAAUUCUCAGUUCGCCAUUACCUGGUACCUCCUACCUCCUCCUCCAGCAGAUGCAACCCCCCUGCAAAUAGUAAGGGCCGACUACAGCAGCAUACUGGAAUAUGGGGCUGAGUUCAGCUCUCCUGCACAAAAGUCCCGGUUCCUGAGUCAGAGGGCAUCCAGCAAUGUUUUCUGGCUGCGGAUACUCUCUGUGAACCCCGGGGACCAGGGCAGGUACUACUGUGUGGUAGAGGAAUGGCUCUGGCUGGCGGACGGCUGGUACAAACUUGGAGAGGGAGCAUCAGGAAGGACCAUGCUGCAGUUCAAGCUCCCAGAGCGUGAACUGCAGCUGGAGGAAACCAACAGCAGCAUCUCAGCGAGGGAGGGCGAGGAGGUGACGCUGCACUGCCUGCUGCAGGGUGCCCACCUGCCCGCCACUCACCUUUCAGCCACCUGGUUUCGGGAGGAGAGCGGCCAUGUCAGGCCCCUGCUCACCCUCCACCACGAUGGCACCAUUGAGUACCCCCGGGAGAGCCUGGCGGGGAGGCUGCACCUCCGCCGCCUGGCUGCUGGCGACUUCAGCCUGACGCUGCGCAGCGUGGAGGAGGGCGAUGCCGGGGUGUAUCACUGCCAGGUGCAGGAGUGGCAGCAGCAGAGCGAGGGGAAGGACUGGGCUCUGCAAGCCUGGGCGCGCUCGGGGUACACCCAGCUCACUACCAUCCCACCAGAGUCAACUGUUUUAUCUAGGAUCUGCUCAUCCCCACCACUGCUGAACUUCAUCCUAUACUUACCACUGGUUCUGAUCCUUCUCCUGGCCCUUGCAGUCUUCUGCUGGUACUUCAAAUUCAGAAAAAGCAAGAAGGACAACAUCACAGGAGACCAGCUGAUGGAACUCAGUGGAGCUGGACAGCUGAGGAGGACUGAGUACUUGCAGAGGGGCUUUUUAUUGUUUUGUAGUAGCUCUUGCAAUAAAUCCUUGAAAUUGCAUGUUUACUUUCAGUGGAAUGAAGCAGCUUUGAAUUACUAA